AUGUACAGCGAGCAUGACAUCCUAGAAGAACCAGUUCAUAUGGAUAUCGCAAUAUCUAAUGCUAAAUGUAUGUCGGUAAUGGAGGAUAAGAUACAACCCCAAGAAGCAACUACCAGUCCUUCCCUCCAACCAGAACAACCCUCCGUGCUCUUAAUAGAUUUACAUGACCGUCCCUUGAUAAACAUACCUGAAGAAAGCAGCACACAACAGGAAAAAUCCCCUUCUACACAUUCAUCGAUGCCAGACCUGGAACCUUCUUAUAGCACUGACCAAUCAAGAGAUGAGGUGCCUUUGCCAACCUUCCCAAAUAGCCCACUCGCCCAGCCUUAUUCUUCUUUGCGGAGUAUUAUGGAUUCAACAGCAAGACCAGUGACGGAACUGACUGAAGAUCCAACAGGCCACAUAAAUCAAGUAGCCCAAAAGACCAGUAGCAGACUACAGAGAGACCAAACUUCUGACGAGAUAGAUGGACCACACCGGGUGGCCCACCAAACUCUUUUGGAAAAGGGGGCCGCCCCUGCUCAAGGUCCUACUCUUAGUAGAUCGAGUGGCCAAGUUCAACAGUCAGACAACCUUGUUAAUCCUCCCACUCAGCUUUUACGAGAGGUUUCUCAUCAGAGGAAGAUAACUGAUUUUUUUAUUGGCUCCCCUCUUCCCGUAUUAAAGUUGAGCCAACCUUCCGAAUGA